UUGAUAUUGUAUCUCGAACUGAGAAUUCUUAGUCGAUAGCACAACACUUGAGCAGUCGAACGCUGGAACCCUCCAAGUCACAAAUCAAAAGACAAAAGACAAGUAGAAGGAAUGUUAUUCCUGACAGUGUCGAAUAUGGUACAAAAUUAUCGGGUAUUUAUAGUUUUUAGUAGAAACAAAAUCAUCAUUAUAGUUAUCCAAUCCGCAGACAGGGAGUUAUCAGCAUUGUCCAAUAGGGAAGCUCCACGGAGCAAUUCUGGAAUAUUCUUCGAAAAGCUGAUUGGAUGGAACAUGUUGGGCUCCUUCUGGGCUUCCUAGAGGCCCCUCGACUUCACCUGUGGACCAUCCUCACAGUUGGUGACAAGACGAUCAGCUUGACUGAGAUCGUGAUGUCUGUCUGAGAUUAUUUUGUGAUUUUGGUUGUAGUUUCUUCAAUCUCUACUAAACUGUAUGAUGACACUUUCUCAUUCAGAAAUAGAUAUAUCAGUAAUCUGCCGACCAUGUUCUCAGUGCGCUUACCACGAUUGGAUUAUUGUAGACAACGUAUUGACAAUAAUGAUAUUGAAAUUAUUGAGCAAUAACAAAAAUGUUUUCGAAUGGGGUUGUGUAUGAGCACUGUUGGGGAGUCCCAUAUAUGGACAGAACAGUCGUCCGAUGCUUCGAGGUUACUUUCAACAAUGGUCUAGCUUACAUUGACACAUGAAUUCAACUCUGAAAAUAAAACGGUGUUAAGAAAAUGCAAACGCACCAUAAGUAUGUCUAUUAGGAAUAUAGGAUCACCGUAUGUUUAAGAUGGUGAUGACCCUAUUGAGACCGAUAUUUGACAUGAUGAGUGAAGAUUUGGAAUGAUUUUUGUACAAUGAUCUCCGGUGUCUUAACUUAAUAAACAACAGACUGUUCAGUCAGGAAGACGUGCGAUUUAAGAGACCUUUCCAGACAACUGCAAUCUCAGAAUGACUGAAUUACGAUUACUCAAUAACUAGUUCAACCUGAAGUGGCGAGUAUUGGACAAUUCACGGUUGCUCGCUUUCACUGAAUUCAUUACUUCCAUAGGUGUUAUAAAUUUUUUAAGUCACAUUCUCACUUAGUGCAACAUGCGAAAAUUGUAAGGAAAUGAAUAGUUCAUAGGUAUAAGUUUCAACCAUUUGUAGAAGUGCUUAAUUGGAGUGUCGCAAGUUGAACGAGAGACGAGAUUAUGACUGCUGAUUACUGUAGUUUUCGCAUACAUAAAUUCGAGAUUCGGAUUAUUAACAUUGUGAAAUGAAGGGAGAUCGCGUAUCUCAUGCAUGUCGGCAAAGUUCACCUAUCAAAGGAUAUUAUUUCGAUAAAGUAAAUGUGUUGAUUAUGUUUUGAUAAAACGAUGUUUGGUGAUAAUAUACACCUCAAUCGAAUUACACUUCAGUUAAUUGAUACUUAUUAACUCAUCAAUUUUUCUAUUUAGAUAAUAUGUUCACGGUGCUAACAAUAGUUUCGGGAGUAGCCAUCCUCACUCUAAACUGUGUGAUGUGUUUGGAUAAUGGAUUGGCUAGAACACCACCAAUGGGGUGGAACACAUGGCGACAUCUUGGAUGUCAAGUAAACUGCAACAACACUCAAAUCAACUGUCUUAAUGAAAAUGCAAUCAAGCGAACAGCUGAUAAACUGGUUUCGGAUGGUUGGCGAGAUCUGGGUUAUAAAUAUGUGAUAAUAGAUGAUUGUUGGAUAUCAAGACUGCGUGAUACGAAGACGGUUGCACUAUUGCCAGAUUCUUCGAGAUUUCCGAGCGGUAUGAAAAACCUUGCACAAUAUUUGCAUUCGAAAAAUCUACUGUUCGGAAUAACUAUUGAUUAUGGAACUGGAACAUGUGCAGGUUAUCCAGGUAGUUUGGACUUUCUCGAAUUGGAUGCAAAGACUCUGGCUGAAUGGGAAGUGGAUUACGUGAAGAUGAACUCGUGUAACAGUCCUGAUCACAUGAUGCCUGAUGGUUUCGAAAAGUUCUCACGACUACUCAAUGGAACUGGUAGACCAAUGAUGUUUUUGUGUACAUAUCCUUUAUAUGGUUCAUGGUAUGCAAAUCCUAAAUCGAUUGACUGGAAGAGACUACAGAACAACUGCAAUCUCAUUCGUUCUCUGCCCAACUCCUUUAAUUCUUGGGCAUCUGUAAUGGGUAUUAUAGAUGGAUACAAAGUUCGCAACGAUGUUUUACCGAAAGUGGCUGGUCCAGGACAAUGGAACGAUCCCGACAUGUUGGUCUUAGGAAACAACGGACUUUCCAAUGAUCAAAAGCGAGUCCAUAUGGGUAUGUGGUGUAUGUUCGCUGCUCCAUUAAUCAUCUCAACCGACAUGGACAAGGUGGAUCAAUUCAGUGCAUCUCUGUUACGCAAUAAACAUUUGUUGGCGAUAGAUCAGGAUGAAGGUGGACAUCAGGCGGAAUUCAUCAAAUCACGAAAUGAUGUACAGAUGUGGAUACGACAAUUAAAUGAUUGUCCAGUUGGUUGGGCAAUCGCUUGCGUCUACACAAGGAGUGAUGGAGGACCGAUCAACUUUACCACAAACCUGGAUGAAUUCAAAUCACAAAUGUACACGAUAUCAGGAGAUAAGUUCGAAUUAGUGGAUGUAUUCACUGGUGAUAAGUUCAAAGACGUGGGAUUGAAAGAGAACUUUACAAUUCCUAUCAAUCCAUCUGGAAUAAUGAUGUUUCGAGUGAAUCCACUCAAAUUGGUUUAUAGUGUUCAGUGAAUUGAUGAACCUUUCCCUUUCAUGGUUUCUUUUUAACGCAGUUCAUUUCAUUCUGAUGUGAUUUUAACUGGACAGUUAUUGUAUGCAUCAUUGCUGAAUAACUGUUCAUG